UUAAUGGUGGCACUACCCAGGGGCCAAGCAUAUUCAAACCACCACAGUAUGCUCUUAGCAUUGUCCUGGCCGUGGACAGCUGGGGUAGAAAUCAGGAGGCAUAGGACACAGCUGUUAGAAUCACAAGUGAGGGCCUAGUGGGUCUCCCCAGCCCCUAGCAUGAAGGAAUGUCAACAGAUCCCAUUCUGAGGGAGGCUUGUAGGUGAUCACAGCUGCUCAGAUUAAGAACGUAAUCGCUAUUGAGCUCAGAGGACAAUAGUCUACGCACUCCUCAACAGUAUAAUUAUGAAGACAUUACACUGUUUUUGCUGGAGACUGGAGUAAAAUCACGUAAUUUUCAAUACAAUCUUAAGUGAAAAAAAUCAGAACCCAAGAGUGUCUAUAUACUCUACCACCAUGGGGAACAUAGCUAUAAUUAGCCUGGGCCGUAACUGACAAACAGGUUGUUAAAUAUGCACCAGCUGAACUUGGAGAAGGAGGGUGUUGUCGAUUCACCAAGCUGCUCAGGCAAGAAGGCAAAGAAAGAAAAGACCACAUUGAUAACCAUGACUGCUAUAGAAGGCAUGGCUCUUCUCCACCAAGAGCAUCAGAUGGAUUUCAAAAUGGCCCAGGCAGCCAAGAGCAGAGCUGAAUGUGCCCAGAGCUUCAAAGGUGUAGGCCGUCUCCCUACUCCACACAGUAAGUAUCCAGAGCAGUAGCCCAAACCAGAACAAGGCCAGCAAUUUAAGGAGCAGUGGAGGCCUGGUCAUGGGGGAAAACUGGGCAGCUACCAGGUACUGCUGGCUUGAUAAAUAUUUCUUCCAGCGUGUUCACUACAGGUGUGUGGCUUCUGUGAAAGCUGUGUUUGUGGUCAGUGGGAGAAAGCAGGAACAAGAGAGCAGCCAUGUCCCAGUGACGCUGACCAUCUAGGAAACCUGCAGAAGGGCACUCACAAGUGCAUGUUUCCGAGCAUGUGAAAGGACCCAUGAAAUGGAUCUAGGCAGAAGCCUGCUCUCCAGAGGAGUAAGUCCAUGUCCUACCUUGAAGAAGCAGCCCACUCACUCAGCACAGGUCACCUCAGAUGUCUUCCGAUUCAAGCUCCCCCCAAUACCUUCCUUCAACUUCAGAUCCUUACUCAUGGCUGUCCCCCAUCUGGCUAUGUUUAUCUCUACAAUGGAGCCCUAAAAUGAAGGGAGGCCCCUUCAUUUUUUUAUAUAACAUAUUUUUAUGUACUAUAUUGUACAAUAACCAUUUUGAAGAUCAAAGAAUGGAACUUCACUCCAUUUUGAUUCUGACAAGCUUCACAGUUUUGCAAAUCAAAGAGUCUCCCAGCACCAGAAAACCACUGCUGCCCGUGCUGGGUGGCCUGCGCUUCAGGAUUCCCAGGGAGAUCACAGGAGUCAAGGAAAACAAGGAAGGGUGACACAACUCUGAACUUGUGAAGUCCCUCAGACUGGGGAAACUGGUGCUGGGCGGGGCUCCACUAACAACGGAGAGCUGAGAUGUCUUGAGACACACCCCCAAUAUGGGAGGAUGUCUGCCCUAACCACUCGAGAGAGGAAGCAAAAACAGGACAGAUUGCAACAGCCACUACACUUCCUUCAUAUCCUGCUCUUGGGACAUGGCGACCAGCAGAAAGAAGCUUGAUUGUGGAGAGGUGCCCUAGCGGAGGGAUGUCUGCCACAGUCCAGGCAACCACAGAGGGUAGGAGCUCAGUGCAUGCAUGCAUGGAUUUGCAUUUCUUCAGAAAAGAGUAGCUGAUGUGCGUCCUCAGCCUUUCUGCAGGAGGAUUUACUAGGGGCCAUCAUGGGCUCUGUGAAUUCCAGAGGUCACAAGGCAGAGGCCCAGGUGGUAAUGAUGGGCCUCGACUCUGCUGGCAAGACCACAAUUCUGUACAAACUGAAAGGAAACCAGCUGGUGGACACCCUACCCACUGUUGGUUUUAAUGUAGAGCCUCUUGAGGCUCCUGGACAUGUGUCACUGACUCUCUGGGACAUUGGGGGACAGACCCAGCUCAGAGCUACCUGGAAGGACUACCUGGAAGGCAUCGACCUCCUUGUGUACGUGCUGGACAGCACAGAUGAAGCCCGCUUGCCUGAGGCAGUGGCUGAGCUCAAGGAAGUCCUGGAAGACCCCAACAUGGCCGGCGUCCCCUUCUUGGUACUGGCCAACAAGCAGGAGGCUCCUGGUGCUCUGCCGUUGCUUGAAAUCAGAAACAGGCUGGGCCUGGAAGGGUUCCAAAAGCAUUGCUGGGAGCUGCGGGCUUGCAGCGCUCUCACAGGACAGGGGCUGCAGGAAGCCCUGCAGAGCCUGCUGCAUUUGCUGAAGUCCCGCUGAAAUGCAGUAACCUCUGACUCCAGGCUGGAGCAGGACAGGGAGCAGGGUCAGGCGGACCCCGUGAGCGGGCAGAACAGCUUAUCCUGGCUAUGAACAGACGGGGCCAGUUGAACCUUGAGAAAAGGAAGCUCAGUUUACCACACGAGAAACCACAAUUCUCUUGGACAGUAUAUUUUCUUCUCAGGACUUAUUCUCAGUGGCAGUUAUGCUGAAAAUCAACUGUUCUUCAAGUAACAAUAGUCAGAGGGAAUAUAAAAAUUCUCACAAUACCCCGGGUAACAGCCCACUACAAAGUGCCAAUGUAACAAAGUUGGUGACAUAGUAAUUGACCAAGUUCACAAAUGAAAAGAGGUUCCAAAACUGCAUCUGAGUGUCACCUGGCCUAUCACUGUCAUCUGAGUGUCACCUGGCCUAUCACUGUCAUCUGAGUGUCAUUGGGCCUAUCACUGUCAUCAGGAGCAACUCUUCCUGCUGGGCUCUGGGCAGGAGCCACUGUCACUUUUGUACACUUAGCUGGGCUGACAGCAGUGAGGGGCAGGUCUGCUCCCAGGAUGCUGCAGGAAUCCUCCCAGAAUUCCCCCUGCUUUCCAACUCCAACUAACUUUUCUCUGCCCUACAUCAUAUGUUGUAAAAAAGUAAAAAUAAAACUCCACUUAUAAUCUCC